AGUGCAUGGUCUUGUAUAUAGACAGCGAUCUCCGCCAUAAAAUGCUCUACUUCUACUUUCAAUUACUGUCCUACCCUAUCUAACCCCGUGGGACAUCAUUUGGCUCGUUCCUAUUCAGGAUGUUGUCGUGUCUCUUCCUGAUCCCGGUUGUCAUCGGCUACCUCGUUGUCGUGCGAAGCCUCAGAUAUCGUCGCGUGGAGCAGAUCCAGAAGCAGCAUGGAUCUACACCAGGGGAAUUCAAGAAUCUGAACUAUAGAGAUGCUCAAGCUAUCAUCGGUCAGUUAGGCCUCUAUGAGUGCCCGUGGACAUUCCUCGCUGGCAAAGAUUUCGCUUUUCUCAGAGCCUUCGCGAUUCCUGGCAUCUCAAAGGUCUCGGUGGGAGCAAAAGAGAUGGUCGACCGUGUCGGGAAACGCUACGCAGACACCACCGUUCUAGUCGGCGAGUUUCUCGUCAACGACAUUGACAGCGAGCGAGCUUGCGUCGCCAUAAAUCGCAUGAACUGGAUUCACUCCCGCUAUGGCAACAAGAUUCAAAUGGAUCAGAUGGUCUACACCCUCUGCCUACUCACCUGCGAAGCUCUACAGUGGAUCGACAAGUACGACUGGCGGCAGACGGUCGCGCUCGAGAAGCAUGCUUCUUGGGUAUUUUGGUACGAGGUUGGCCGUCGUAUGGGUCUCGAGGAUGUGCCCCAGAGCUUCGACGCAUGUGCUACCUUCAUUGAGGACUUUGAAUCACGCAAUAUGGCCCCGUCACAGGAUAAUGCCCUCAUCGCCAAGGGUGUUUUCUCUCUCUACGCGUCUACUCUCCCAGCUUUCCUCACUCCUGUUGUGCACGCCGUCUUGAAAGCAUUUAUGGAUGCGCGGCUCAGCGACGCAUUUAAGCUGCCAGUACAUUCCACCCCCUUCAUACAAUCGUUUCUAUCCUUCAUGUUGCUCGUGCGCAAGUAUUUUGUCCGUCACUUGAUGCUGCCGCGAUACUCUACAUUGCAGGUCUUUGGCGAGGAGAAUGCAGCCGGGUACCGUCCCAUGAUGUUUUGGGAAAUCGAGCCAUGGUAUGUCGCCUCGUCGAAGAACAGUAGUUGGCUCUACUCGGCCUACACCCGUUUUUUCGGUUUGCCCAUGGCCGGCGACUCAAAGUUCAGGCCGGAAGGUUAUAAGCUUCAGGAGAUUGGCCCAAAACAUCUCGAAGGCAAGGGUGGCGAGCAAGUCAUGUCUUUCGUCAAAGAAAACGAGGCUCGAUCUUUCACCACAUUUGGUCAAUUUUCAAACACGUUCUACACAAGAGGUGGAUGCCCAAUGGGCUUCGCGGAAGUAUCCGAAAAAGGAGGAUGCCCUGCAGGAUUUGUUAAGUUGUGAUGAGCGUCCGGUGUUUGUCUAGCAAGUAGACCUUGUACGUGUAGUCUCCACAUCCUGAUCUCCAGGCUGUCUAUGAACACUGUGUGUCCGUCCAGCCAAAGCGUCAGGGUGUAAUGGGAAAUAACCGGACUAAGACAACACCAUGGUUUAGUACCUGAGCAAGACAUCCUAUUCAGCUUCUCCAUGCCCGUGAUACUUACGCCCGUGGUUUUUUAUUUUCAGCCAUAUUGACCUGACUGUGCCGAGGAAGCUCGACGGC